CCAAGAAAAUGGAAAACCUAUUUUCCAUUGCUGUUUUUCCCUGUUUUCUCAUUCUUUCUACAUUAACGGCAGCAUCAGCCCAGAAACAAAGAUAUGCUAAUAUUUCCCUUGGUUCCUCUUUAAAUCCCAGUACAAAUUCAUCAUGGUUGUCGCCUUCUGGACUUUAUGCUUUUGGAUUCUACAAGAUAACCAAUGGCUAUGCUGUUGGAAUUUUUAUUGCUGGGAUUCCAGAAAAGACUGUAGUGUGGACGGCCAACAGGGAUGAUCCAGUUUUUCCCAGCAACACCAUUUUGUUAUUAACCGAUGAUGGAAGGCUCAUUUUGCAGCAGGAAGAUAGAGAUGACGAAAUUAUUGUGAAUCCUGGCCAGUCUGUUGCUUCAGCUUCAUUACUUGACAAUGGCAAUUUCGUGCUGUAUGAUUCCUCUCGGAGGAUUAGAUGGCAGAGUUUUGAUCACCCGACCGACACUCUUUUGCCCGGCCAACGUCUCCCGGCUGGAGAAGAGAUUUUGUCAAGUGCUUCAGAAACGAACCCUGCCAGAGGGAUUUUCCGUCUCAAGAUGCAAACUGAUGGGAACCUGGUGCAAUACCCUGUGGGAGCUGAAGACGGGCCUAAUAAUGCUUACUAUUCAUCAGCUACAUAUGGAAUGGGUAAUAAUUUGUCGUUGAAUCUUGAUAAUAAUGGCCAUCUUUAUUUUUUCAAUGGAAGCUCCGUUAUCCGCAAUUUAAGGACAGGACAAUAUCAAACAAAUACUAUAUAUCUCAUGAGAAUUGAUGUGGAUGGUAUUUUUCGACUAUAUAACCGAUCGCUGGAUCGUCAAGGCAGCUGGAUUGCAGAAUGGUCAUCCACAAAAGACAGAUGUGCCCCAAAGGGUUUAUGCGGGUUAAAUAGUUUCUGUGAUAUAAAGGAUGGAGUCUUAGGGUGCGAAUGUCUUCCGGAAUUCGAUUAUGUUAAUCCAGGCGAUUGGAGAGGAUGCGAGAGGAAUUCUGCCAUGGAAGGUUGUAAAGCCAAGGAUCAAAAUGUCAGUUACGAAAUCAAAUCACUGCAUGAGACAUUGUGGCAAGACACCAAUUAUGCUGAUGUAGAAGGUCUGACUAAAGAAGAUUGUAGUAAAGCUUGUUUAGAGGACUGCGACUGUGGUGCAGCUCUCUUUCUAGGGAAUCACUCUGAAUAUGGAAGAUGCAAAAAGCAAAAGCUUCCAUUGAGAUACGGAAGAAGAUUGCAAAGUGAUGGAUUGGGUGAUGGUCAAAGAAUUUCUCUUGUCAAGGUGAGCACAAGUGCGUCAGUUUCAGAUAAUUCAGCUAAAGAAAUCAAGAAAAAACCAAAAAUCUUAAUCAUUGGCAUUUCGCUUGUUGCUUUGGCUGCCUUAAUAUUGGCAAUUUCUUGGGUUUAUGUCCACAGAAAUCGUGUCGGGACCUGUACGAUUUCCAACGAUACAAAUGUUGAACUGAUUGAGGAU